AUGGCAUCGAACCUCGCUCCUGUGAGCGACACCUUGGUACCAUUACCUGAAACGCAUCGCAGCGGCCUUAUUGCUGUUGCAACCUUUGGAUUCCUGUCAUUCAUCGCGACGAGCACUCUUUUCCUCUACCUAACGUACAAGCUGGUGCGAUGGCACGUUGACAAGUCAUCGCGACGAAGCAAUGAGGACCACCAUGCUACCACUACCGACUUAUCACUAGGCCUGUCACAAGCACAUUUCGGCAAGUUCCAAUCGACAACGUCGCAGAACCCUACGGGAGAGCCUCAAAGUCGAGAUGGCAACCUCAACCAAUUUCUCCUGCUGGUGUACAACUUGCUCUUCGCAGAAAUGCACCAGUCUCUGGCCUUCCUGCUGAAUUCAUCGUGGGUAACCUCUGACGGCAUCUUUGUGGGAACAUCAGCGUGCUGGGCUCAGGGAUGGUUCAUUUCCACAGGCGACCUAGCGGCCAGCUGCUUUAUCUCCGCCAUUGCCGUCCACACCUUUCUCAUUGUCAUUAAAGGGUACAGACCACCCCAGUGGGCACUGUACCUCACUAUUGCCUGUUUGUGGAUCUUUGUGUAUGCUCUGGGCAUUAUCGGUAUCCUGAUCACCCAAAAUGGUCAAGCUGCAGGAGGACUCUACGUGAGAGCGGCAGCCUGGUGCUGGAUGAACGUCAGAUACGAGAACCUUCGCCUAUGGCUGCACUAUUUCUGGAUAUUCCUCUCCUUGUUCUUGACGAGCGGACUAUAUAUCCUCAUAUUCUUCUCACUGCGGCGGCGUGGCACGCCUCACCUGCCAUCUCAUUCCCGAGCGCCGAGUUCGUCUACAGCCCGCGCAGACGCUUCUGAGAUAGGGGGUAGCCGCCCAGGAUUUCUUGUAUACCCUCUUAUUUACGUGUUGUGCACCGCACCAUUGGCGCUUGGACGAAUUGCAACCAUGUCUGGGCGAGACGUAAGCGUAGCAUACUUCUGUUUCGCUGGAUCAAUGAUUGCAUCCAAUGGCUGGCUUGAUGUCCUCCUCUUCUCAUGGACGCGCAGUACCAUUAUCUUCACGACGUCGCCAGAUCUGGGCGAUGCAGGACUAGAUACCUUUACCUUCAUAAGGACGCCUCCCACGAGGCGCUAUGGAAAUAUGGUAUGGGUUCAGGGCGCUUCGGGUGGAAGCACGAACCGGAGCAAUGAUGGCAGCCGGGACCGUCGAGGUUGGUGGAAAAUCGGAAGUACUCGGGGUCAUCACAGACCAGACCGCGGAUCCGCCGGGUGGACUCGUCGCGGCUCCAGCAGUGUUAGCCAAGAGUCGCUACGUGGCGCUGUGGCCAACGAAAUACAGCUUGACACGGUGACAACAGUUGUGGUGGAGAUAGACAGUAGAAAUAAGGAGCCAGCGGGUUCCGUGGACAGCACGGAGAAGGGUAUUGCCCCCAGUCUCCGUAGUGAGUUGUAG